GCUUCGGAGGUGUUCGGGAGCUUCCGGAGGCGGCUUCGGCAAUCUGAGGUGACCUCCGCCACCCUUUUCGAGCGCGCUCGUCGAUCUUCGCUCGCGCUUCGGGAGCAGUCGUUUCUUUCCGGACACUUCCGCUCAGCGCCCGACUCCAAUCGGGGGGAAGCGCAUCCUCCGUCGCCUCCCUCAUCUGACAAUUCUUUCCGGCCUGCUUCGGGUGUUUCCGGUUCACCCGAAGAGCCUUUCGCUCUUUCCUCCACGCCGAGCCCCCCUCCCGGAAAUAAGUUCCGGAAGGGGCUCGGUAACCUCCGGAAUGUUUUACUUCUGCACGGAAACACUCGGCAGUUUCCGCCUCGGCGGAAGGGACUGGGCGGGCGGCCCGUGCGAAGUUCGGGGAUUUCCGCCCCUUCUCGUCCUUUUCCGUCUCUCCUCCGCCCCCUGGGUCGUGUACCUCGCGAAGAUGGAAGAGGCCGUGGGAGGCGCGCGCUGUUGAGCCAGGAGCGGACGCAGCCUGAAACAGAGCCUGGCGACUGAGACCUGGCUCCCAUUCACUUGAAAUCUGGUCACCCCGCCGUCCUGGGAUGGCCGAGCCACUGCCCCUGUCGUACGUGACCGCUCAGGAGAUCCGCUGCCUUUUGCACUGGCUGUCGGGCUGGGCCCCUGCGCAACGGGAGCGCUUCCUUCACGACCUGGUGGACAAGGCCGUGCCCUGCAAGGUGCUGCCCCUGCUGGAAGGGCUAGCGGGACUCAGCAUGGAGCCCGGGAAGCCCCCGUCGAUCUUUGAGUGCCAGAUGCGCCUGUGGGACCAGUGGUUCCGGGGCUGGUCGGAGGCCGAGCGGAACGAAUUCGUGCGGCAGCUGGAGGAGGUGGAGCCGGGCCUGUCCUCCCGCUUUUAUCAAGAGGUGGCCAAAACGGCAGGACAGGAGUAGUGACGAGACUUCUCUCCUCCUCUGGUUUCCCCCCCCAAACGCAGUGAACUCUCUCUUGUUGUGCUGGACUGAUGCGACCCCCCCAAGGAAUUGUCAACCCAUGUAUGACCAGGAGUCAUCGCGAAAGAGAAUAAAAAGGAUAUGCCAGAUA